AUGGACGAGCUGAGUUCAACGAGGAUCGUCCUCAUGGGGAAAACUGGAUCUGGGAAAAGUAGCCUGGCUAAUAUGAUAUUUGGAGAGGAUGUCUUCAAGAUAAACCAUUCCCCAGUUUCAGAAACAGGUCGGUCUCGAGCAGAAACCAAGCUUGUUAAUGGAAGAAACCUCACUCUCAUCGACAGCCCCAGUGUUUUUAACACAUGUGUGUCUGAGGCUUUACUUAAGGCUGAGAUAGUGCGGUGUAUCGCAGAGAGCGCCCCUGGACCUCAUGUCUUUCUCAUUGUGCUACAAGUGGAGAAAUUCACAGAGCAGGAGAAAGCUGUUAUUAAAAAGAUAUGCCAGUACUUCUCUGAAGACGCUCUGAAAUUUGCAGCAGUUGUCUUCACUCAUGGAGACCAGCUGCCUGAUGGAAUGAGAAUUGAGGAGUUUGUCAGCCUGAACCAAAGCCUGAGUGACCUGGUGAAGAAAUGUGGAAACAGAUGCCAUGUUACUGAUAAUAAAUACUGGAACGCUACUGGAAAUGACCCCUACAGGAACAAUCAGUUCCAAGUUGCAGAGCUGUUGAAGACCACAGACAAAAUCAUUGAGGCCAACGGUAGAAGGUGCUACACCAACGAGAUUCUACAAGAAGUGAGAAGAGAAAUACAGAUGGAGGAAGAACUCCUACAACAAUCUUCAUCAAAUAUGACACCCGAGGAACUUAGAAACCAGGCAAAAAGCAAUGUAGUUAAUGAGUUAAUGGUGAGGUUAGUGGGGACCGCGACUGGUGCACUGUUUGGAGCCUUCCUUGGUGUGUUAGAGAACAUCUCGGCUAUUCUUCAAAUUUUUCAAAGAUCUUCAAGUACUUCAAGCCAAGAAAGGGAUUUAGUUCUCCAGGAGGCUCUAAACAGGGGAUUGAGGGGAGGUAUGGCAGGAUUUAAUGCAGCUGCAGGAGCAAAAACAGCAGGGGAAGCAUUUCAGAAAGCUAAAACUGCAGUUCUAAAUGAUCCUGAAUAAUCCACGUUGAGUAAUGAGA